UUCCAACUGAAAUCGUAGCUUUCCAAUAGCAAUUAAUCACAUACAUAAAAAAAGGGAAACCAAAGGAGUACAAGGAUUAAAAAUAUCCCCAAAUCCAAGCAGCAGUCGGCAAGCUUCAAUCGGCAACAACGACAGGAGCGAAAAGAAUCACAGCAUUGGCUGAAGCUUCGCGCCAAGAUGUUGCAACAACGACGGGAUCCGAAGAAUCGACAGCCGCCGCGAAAGACGACGGGAUAAAUCUGGUGUCGCACGCCGGCGACGGCAGCAGGGGCUUUCGCGUAGACGAAGGCGACGGUGGCAUGGACUUCACUCGGCGGCGAUAGCUACGGCGGCGGAGGCAGCCAGGCAAGGGCUUCACGCAGUGGCGGCAUCAGAGCUUCACGGGAGGGCAGCUUCAUUCUGCUGGCUGCCGAAACAGAUUAUGAUGGUAAUCUUCUGUCCUCGCUGCGCCUGAGGCUCAGGCCACCGAUUUGACUCAGGCUAAUCACGCGUCUCCGUGUUGAGUAAAAGAGUGUCAGGCUAGCAACCAAACAGAGCCUAGAACGAGUCAGGCUAGUCUCAGGUCAGGUAAAUUUUUUUCAGGGUAGCAACCAAACAGGCCCUAGUGACCGGUUAUCAAAUCUGUUUGCUAUUUUGAGUAGGAUUUGAGUGUCUGUAAAAAGUCAUUUGUGAGACAUCGUGCACGGGAGACUUUUGCCUUGUGUUAACCCAUUGGAUAACUAGGAUGCAUAUUGUGCUUCUCCAUUUCCUUUUUCAGGCCAAAAGAAUGUAAAGCUCUGCUACAUGGUUACGUGUAGCCACAGGUCGUGCUAAGACGAAGAAAUCUUUGGAACGAAGCAGUCACAUUGACCUGCACUUUUUAAGCAAUUUUUUCACACCCAAUUGAGUGCAAAUUAAUAAAUUCAGCCAAUUAGUUGGAGUACGACUUUGAGAGAAUUUAGAUAUUGUCGUAUGGGAUUUGAUGUACCUCUUUCAAAUUCUAAAUAGACAGAUCCGGACUACCUGAAUUAACUAGUUUAUCAUCCAAUAUUCCAAUCCAAAUAUCCAGAAAUGCCUAUGAUCAGUAUACAUGACCAUCCUUCAUGGCCAUCUGCUGCAUGAGCUAGCCUUUCUGCAUGCAACAAGAGCUAGAGACAUUUUGACCUUGUCAUGAGGUCAACCAGGCAAUCGUCUAACCUACUCCGCCUGGUCGCCUUCUUCUUCCUCCUCUCCGGCCAAACGUCGGCCGCCGCCGCCGCGGGCGUCGCCGACAAGCUCGACAAGGGCCAGAACCUCACCGACGGCCAGACGCUCGUCUCGUCCGGCGGCGGCUCGUACACUCUGGGGUUCUUCUCUCCCGGGAAGUCGACCAAGAGAUACCUCGGCAUAUGGUUCACCGUGUCCGGCGACACCGUCUACUGGGUAGCCAACCGUGACCGCCCCCUCGACGGCAAGUCCGGCGUGCUGCUGCUCAACGACGAUGGCAGCCAGCUCGUCCUGCUCGACGGCGGCUCUCGCCGGACGGUGUGGUCCGCGAGCUUCUUGGCCGCCUCUGCCGCGGUGGUUCAGCUUCUCGACUCCGGCAACCUCGUCGUGCGCAAUGGCAGCGGCGGCGACGCCUACCUGUGGCAGUCGUUCGACCAGCCGUCGGACACGCUGCUGCCCGGCAUGAAGAUGGGCAAGAGCCUGUGGAGCGGGCAGGAGUGGUUCAUCACGGCGUGGCGCUCCGCUGACGACCCGUCGCCGGGCGACUACCGCCGCACGCUGGCCACGGACGGCCUACCGGAGCUCGUCCUGUGGCGAGGCGGCGGCGGCGGCGGCGCCACCAAGGUGUACCGCACGGGCCCGUGGAACGGCAGGUUCUUCAACGGCGUCCCGGAGGCGUCCAACUACUCCGACAAGUUCCCGCUGCAGGUGACGUCCAGCGCGAGGGAGGUGACCUACGGCUACGGAUCGGUCGCCACGGCCGGCGCCGCGCCAUUGACGCGCGUCGUGGUGAACUACACCGGCGUGGUCGAGCGCCUCGUGUGGGACGCGAGCAGCCGGGCAUGGCAGCGAUUCUUCCAGGGCCCGAGGGACCCCUGCGACAGCUACGCGCGGUGCGGGCCGUUCGGCCUGUGCGACGCCGACGCCGCGGCGACGUCGUUCUGCGGCUGCGUGGAUGGGUUCACCGCCGCGUCGCCGUCGGCGUGGGCGUUGCGGAACACCUCCGGUGGGUGCCGGCGAGGCGUGGCGCUGGACUGCGCCGGCGGCGGCGGCGGGAGCAGGACGACGGACAAGUUCAAGGUGGUGCGGGGGGUGAAGCUGCCAGACACGCGCAACGCGUCGGUGGACAUGGGCGCCACGGCGGCGGAGUGCGAGCGGAGGUGCCUGGGAAACUGCUCGUGCGUGGCCUACGCCGCCGCCGACAUCAACGGCGGCGGCUGCGUCAUUUGGACGGACGACAUCGUCGAUCUUCGCUACGUUGACCGCGGGCAGGAUUUGUACCUGAGAUUGGCUAAGUCUGAAUUUGUUGAGACCAAAAGGUCUCUGAUUGUACUAGUUGUCCCACCUGUAGCUGCUACCAUUGCUAUUCUUUUGAUCGCUUUUGGGGUUUGGGCUAUUUGGUGCAAAAAGAAUCACGGAAUUUUAGAUGUUAUUCCAGAUAACCCUUCUAUGGGCGUUGCUUCAGUCAAUCUAGCUACUAUAAAGUCUAUUACUGAAAAUUUCUCAGAAAAUUGCUUGAUUGGUGAAGGUGGAUUUAGCACCGUUUAUAAGGGAGUACAAUCUGACGGGAGAAUGGUAGCCGUGAAGAGGCUAAAGCAGUCAGCUCUGACGAACAAAGGCAAGAAGGAUUUCGCCAGAGAAGUGGCAGUGAUGGCCGGGCUCCAUCACGGUAGCCUUCUCCGCCUCCUAGCUUACUGCAACGAAGGCAAUGAGCGUAUACUGGUAUACGCCUACAUGAAGAACAAGAGCUUGGACAACCACAUUUUCGGCCCGUUGCCGCGUCGAGCUAAUCUGCACUGGAGAAGAAGACUCGACAUAAUUCAGGCCAUCGCGAAAGGUGUCGCGUAUCUUCACGAAGGACCAGACGGGAGUGUAAUCCACAGGGAUCUCAAGCUGAGCAACAUUCUUCUAGACGACGAAUUGAAGCCUAAGAUUGCAGACUUUGGCACCGCCAAGCUGUUCGUCGCCGAUCAGUCAGGCCAGACCCUCGUGGUCUCACAAGGUUAUGCAUCUCCGGAGUACGCGUUACGAGACGAGAUGACGCUCAAGUGCGACGUCUACAGCUUCGGAGUCGUCCUCCUGGAGACGCUCAGCGGCGUUCGCAACGGCUCAAUGCAGACGCUUCUUCCACAGGCAUGGAGGUUGUGGGAACAGGGCAACCUCAUGGACCUCCUUGACCCGGCAAUGGCGAGGCCUGCACCCGACGAUGCAGAGCUCCUGUACGAUCUAGAACGGUGCAUCCACAUCGGGCUUCUUUGCAUCCAGGACAUGGCGGACGAUAGGCCGACCAUGUCCGAAAUCGUCGCCAUGCUGACGAGCAGGACGUCGCAGAUGGAGCAGCCCAAGAGACCGACACUUGACAGCAGAGCCGCCAUGCGUCCGCUUCGUCAGAGUGAUGUCCAAGGCUCAACCACAACCGAUCUCACCUAAUGCAUGCAGACUGCCUGGAUUGGCCGUGCUCAGGUGUAGUAGAAGAGAAGGAUUUUCUUUUCUCUGCUUGUAAUUGUAUGCAUGUCUGUGUUGACUUAGUUUCUCUUUGUAGAUGUCUCUUCUGCUUGGCUGCUUGUGACUUGUGUCAUUGUGUGGUCAUCUUUUUUUGCAGAUAUUCCAUUGAAUGGCUGAUGUAUUCAUGAUUCUAACUACAGAUUAACAUGAUAUGAGGAGCAGUUAACUGGAA